AUGAAUGAUAAUAAAAAUAUUUCUCAUACAUCAUUACCAACAAUAAUUAAUAUCUCAAAUGAUGAUUCACAUAUAAAUGAAACUGAUCAUUUUCUUAAUAAACCUAAUUCAUUAAAUAAUUUAUCAGAUAUAUGUAAUCUUAAUGAAAUAGAUAAAACCAAGUUACCAUUUCCAGGUUUUGUUGAAAAAUCAUUUUAUUGUCUUCGACAAACAACAUUAGUACGUUAUCAAUGUUUAAAACUUUUAACAUGGCGAUGGUUUGAACAUUUAACAAUGUUUAUUAUUUUACUUAAUUGUAUUACACUUGGUAUGUAUCAACCAUGUGCACAUUCUACCGGUAUCGAUUUAUCAAAAAAAUGUGAUACAGCACGUUGUAUAUCAUUACAAGCAAUAGAAUAUUUUAUUUUUGCAUAUUUUAUAAUUGAAAUGUCUAUUAAAAUGGUUGCAAUGGGAAUAUUUGGUAAAGGAACUUAUCUAGCUGAAUCAUGGAAUCAACUUGAUUGUUUUAUUGUUCUUACUGGAUUAGUAGAAUUGUUAAUACCAGGUGAUAGUUUAAGUUUAUCAGCGAUACGUACAGUUCGAGUACUUCGUCCAUUACGUGCUAUUAAUCGUAUACCAUCAAUGCGUAUUCUUGUAAUGCUUCUACUUGAUACAUUACCUAUGCUUGGCAAUGUACUUUUUCUUUGCUUUUUUGUAUUUUUUAUUUUUGGUAUUAUUGGUGUACAAUUAUGGAACGGAUUAUUACGUAAUCGUUGUUUUUUUCAAUCAAAUACUACAGAUACAAAUAAUUUUAUAUUAUUCAAUCAUUUCUCUUUUCAACCUUUUUACGUUCCUUCGAAUCAAGAUUCAUACGUUUGUUCUCUACCAUCAUCAAAUGGAAUGGGAAAAUGUUCAGAAAUUCCAAAAUUACAUCAAAAUAAUAUAACAUGUGAACUAGAUUUUUAUUCAUCAAAUUCAUCAUUAAUAAAUAAAACAAUCAAUAGUUGUAUUAAUUGGAAUCAGUAUUAUCGAGUAUGUGCUACUUCAAAUGAAAAUCCAUAUUCUGGAGUAAUUAGCUUCGAUAAUAUUGCUUUAGCAUGGAUUGCUAUCUUUCAAAUAAUUACAUUAGAAAAUUGGGUUAGUAUAAUGUAUUAUAUACAAGAUGCUCAUUCAUUUUAUGCUUGGAUUUAUUUUGUAUGUCUGAUUGUUAUUGGUACAUUUUUUAUGAUGAAUCUUUGUCUUGUUGCUAUUUCUGCACAAUUUAGUGAAACAAAAAAACGUGAAACAGGACGAAUGUUAGCUGAACAAAAACGUUUUUCACUUUCAACAACAAUGUUAACUAAUGAUCAACAAAAUUCUUGUUGGAAAAAUAUAAUAGAAAUUUUGCAACAAUUAUUUAAAUAUACAUAUAAACGAUUUAGAAUAGUCUGGAAAAAUAAUCAAGAUGAUGAAAAACAUCGACGAAAAGUAACAAUAACAAAAGAUAUAUUAGCAUCGAAUGAGAAUAUUAUCGCAUCAACUUCGUUAAUUAAUCGAAAACAUCAACCAAAUUGUCCAUUUUAUCAAUCAAUACCAAUGACAUUAUCAAAAUCGAUUGAUAGUGGUACUGAUACAUGUGAUAUUAAUCUUGAUAUAAUUACUUCAACAACAAAUGAUAAUUUACUUAUUGAAGAAAAUCGACAAAAAAAUCAAAAUCUCGAAUGUGAACAACAAGAAAGUAAUGAUAGAUGUAAUUGUUAUUAUGAAAAUAAUAUUACUGAUACAACAUUCGAUGAUCAACAAUCAAAAUUUUGUCGAAAAUGUAAAACUUAUUGCUGUUGUAAAUAUUUUCAAAUUAUUCAAAAAUUAAUUUCGCAUUGUGUUAAUCAUAACUAUUUUGAUCGUAUGAUAUUCUUAGCUAUUAUUAUAAAUACACUUUCAAUGGCUAUUGAACAUCAUAAACAACCACAAAUAUUUACGAUUGUUUUAGAAUAUAGUAAUUUAAUAUUUACAAUAUUAUUUACAAUUGAAAUGUUAUUAAAAAUAAUUGCUCAAGGUUUUUGUAAAUAUAUUCAAGAUCCAUUUAAUGCAUUUGACGGUGGAAUUGUUCUUAUUAGUCUUAUUGAAUUAUAUGGAACGAAACAUAGUGGAUUAUCUGUUUUACGUACAUUUAGAUUAUUACGUGUACUUAAACUUGUAAGAUUUAUGCCAAUAUUAAGACGACAAUUAGUUGUAAUGCUUAAAACAUUGGAUAAUGUGGCGACAUUUUUCUUAUUAUUAAUUCUCUUCAUAUUCAUCUUCAGUGUUCUUGGUAUGCAUUUAUUUGGUGGUGAAUUUUGUACACUUGAAGCAUUUAAUAAAACAUCUCAUGAACAAUUCAAUAUGAAAUGUCGUUGUUGUACAUGUUCGGAAUGGAAUUUAUUGAUAAAUUCUACUGAUUUAAAAGAUUUAACAUGUAUUCAAGAAAGAGCAAAUUUUGAUUCACUUCGUUCAGCAUUAAUAACUGUAUUUCAGAUAUUAACACAAGAAGAUUGGAAUGAAGUACUUUAUAAUGGAAUGAAAAAGACAACACGAUGGUCGGUAUUAUAUUUUAUUGCACUUAUGAUAUUUGGUAAUUAUAUAUUAAUCAAUUUACUUAUUGCGAUUGUUGUUGAAGGUUUUUCUGACGAAAAAGAUAAUAGUACAAAAAUAAGUAGUACUGAAACAUUGAAUAAAUCAAAUAAUGCGUUUACAACACAUGCAAUUCUGACAGGUAAUAUUCAAUCGUCUGAGAAUAUCAAUGAAUUAACAAAUACUACAUCUGAUAAUGAUCGACAACAAAAUAUAUCAGCAGAUAUUUUACGUCGUACAAAGUCUGAUGAAUUAUUUUCAUUAACAAAGAAUUUGAAUGAACAAGAAUCGAAUAUAAGUUUAAAUUCACAUUUUAAACGUCGAUCAACAAUCGAUAAUUCAUUAUAUUAUUCGACGAAUAAUAAUCGAACAGCAAGGGAACAAGAAAAUAAUCAAAAUGAUAUGGAAUUAAAUGUAUCAAUGCAAGAUAAUACACAAAUAGAAUUAAAAGUCACUCAAUCAUGUUUGAAUCGUUUUUAUGAACAACGAAUACUUAAAUAUUUAAAGAAACGAGAAAAUUAUUCAUUGUAUCUAUUUUCUCCUUCAAAUAGAUUACGUGAAAGAUGUCAACGAUUAAUUAAACAAAAAACAUUUGAUUAUUUUAUUCUUUUUCUUAUUACUAUUAAUUGUAUAACACUUGCUAUGGAACGUCCAUCAAUUUCUCCUACAAGCUAUGAACGAAAAUUUUUGAACUAUAGUAAUUAUAUAUUUGCAAUAAUUUUUAUUGUUGAAAUGAUGAUUAAAGUAAUUGCAAGUGGACUUAUUGUUGGACGAGAUACAUAUUUACAUACAGGAUGGAAUGUUAUAGAUGGACUUCUUGUAAUUACUUCAAUUGUUGAUUUCACUGUAAUGAAUAGAGGUAGUAUGACGUCAUCAACAGAAAUGGAUACAACAUCGAAUAUUCUAGGGAUGUUGAGAGUUUUUCGUUUAUUACGAACAUUACGACCACUCAGAGUUAUCAAUCGUGCACCUGGUCUUAAACUUGUCGUUCAAACUUUACUUUCAUCAUUGAAACCCAUCGGUCAUAUUGUUAUUAUUUGUUGUGUAUUCUUUGUUAUUUUUGGUAUUCUCGGCGUUCAGCUUUUCAAAGGUAAAUUCUACUAUUGUGAAGGACCUCUUGCUCACAAUGUAAUAACAAAAGAAGAAUGUGAAGCUAUGCCUGAUCAUCAAUGGCAAAAUCAACAAUAUAAUUUUGAUAAUUUAGGCCAAGCUUUAUUAACAUUAUUUGUAUUAUCAUCAAAAGAUGGUUGGGUACAAAUAAUGUAUAAUGGUAUUGAUGCUGUUGAUGUUGAUAAACAACCAAUAAAAAAUUAUAGUGAAGCUAAAUUAAUUUAUUUCCUAUCAUUUAUUUUAAUUGUAAGUUUUUUUGUUCUUAACAUGUUUGUUGGUGUUGUUGUUAAAAAUUUUCAUAAUUGUCGAGCUCAACAAGAAAUUGAAGAAGAUGCUCGAAAUAAAUUAAAACGUGAAAAAAAACUUGAACAUCAACAACAUCUUAAAGAUGAUUUACCAUAUUAUGCAAAUUUUUCAACAGUUCGCAAAAAUUUACAUGAUUUAUUUAUUAACAAAUAUUUUGAUUUAUUUAUUGCUAUUAUUAUUAUUCUUAAUAUUAUUACAAUGUCACUUGAGUAUUAUUCGAUGCCACCAGCAUUGGCGGAAUUUCUUGAAUGUUGUAAUUAUAUUUUUACAGUUAUUUUUUUAAUUGAAUUUCUAUGGAAAAUAAUCGCAUUUGGACCAUCACGUUAUUUUAAAGAUAAAUGGAAUCAAUUAGAUUUCUUUAUUGUAAUUUUAUCAAUAGGUAGUAUUGUAAUGGAAAAAAUGAAAAAUAAACAUAUUAUUCCAAUAAAUCCAACAUUAAUUCGUAUUAUGAGAGUAUUAAGAAUUACACGAAUACUUAAAUUAUUAAAAAUUGCCAAAGGUAUUCAAGCUCUAUUAGAUACUAUUAUUGAAACUCUUCCACAAAUUGGAAAUUUAGGUUUUUUAUUUUUUCUUCUUUUUUUUAUUUUUGCUACACUUGGAGUUGAAUUAUUUGGUAGAUUAGAAUGUAAUGAAGAACAAUUAUGUAGUGCUAUUGAUAAACAUGCAAAUUUUCAAAAUUUUGGCAUGGCUCUAUUAACAUUAUUUCGUAUUGCAACAGGUGAUAAUUGGAAUAGUAUUAUGAAAGAUACUCUACGUCAAGAUGAUUUAUCUUAUACUAAUAAAUAUAAUUUUGUAACAAUUAUUUCACCGAUUUAUUUUGUUAUUUUUAUUCUUAUGGCUCAAUUUGUUCUUCUCAAUGUUGUUGUUGCUGUACUUAUGAAAAAACUUGAAGAUUCAAAUCGAAUAAUUCAUGAUAAUAUUCGAAUCAAUCAAAAUUCUAUUGAACAAUCAUUAGUUAAUAUAAAUACACUCGAUAGUAAAGAUAAACGAACAUUAACAAAUUUAUAA